AUGAUGCUUGUCCAGGACUACAGAUUCAAACAUAGAAAUGACAAAUUUCUGCAAGGAUUUAAUGAAGAAGAAAUGAAAAUCAAGCACGAGAACUUUAAUGUCGAGCUCAGAAGAAACAAGAGAGUUGAAAAAAUGAUGAAGAAAAGGAAAAUAAUAUCAGAAAACGCUGCGGAUAAAGAACAAGAAAAUUUGUAUAGGAGUGUAAGCCAAGAUUUGCAGAGUUACUCUGCAGGACUUUCAGACAGGAAUUUGAGUGAUUUCGACAAGUUAAGCAGACUGACUGAAAUAAUUCAUAGUGAUCCGCCUAUGAAUGUGCUUGCAGCUGCUUUGACAGCUAUAAGGAUCAUGAUAUCUGUAGAUAGCCCACCUGAUAUGGGGAUUCUUAUUCAUUUGGAUUUCCCUUUAAAGUGUAUAUCACUGCUCGACUAUUCUAAUGGUGCUGCUGUUGUAAGUGAAGCAGCUUGGACAAUAUGCAAUAUGGUUUCAGGUAAGCAUGAAUAUGCUGAGGUUUUAGUAAAUUUAAGUGUAAUUCAAAGACUUAUUAGGAUUAUUUCACCUGAUUAUCCAUUAGUGUGUGAGCAUGCAGUUUGGGCUAUAAGUAACCUUUGUGGAGAUUGUAUAGAAUUUGCUGAAGAAGUGCUAGAAAAUGGGUAUUUAGAAAAAAUCAUGAAAAUUAAGCAUAUUUGGACUUCACAAAAUAUGGAGCUUGCAUCAUUGAUUAAUUGGAGCAUCCACAAUAUUUCAUUAAGAGCAAAGGAUCUGAAUCCAAUUGGUAUCAUAAAUGUUAUAGAGAUUGUUAAAGAAUUGAUAGUAAUUGACAAUUUACAAAUUUUUCAUAGCUGCCUAUGCGUUUUAUCAAAUAUUGCGAACCUAGAUAAUGAGAAAAUUCAAUUAAUUGUGGAUAAUGAGUUUCAUAUAUAUGGGUUUGAAGGACUGAAAUCAAACCAAAAUUGCAUUAUUUAUGACAGUUUAAAGUUUCUUGGCAUUAUUUGCUCAGGAAAUCAUGAUCAAACACAAGUAAUUAUUGAUCUUGGGAUCUUGGAUAUUAUUGAAACUUUGAUUGAUAAUGAGUGCAAUCAGAUAGAUGAUGAGAUUUAUUUUACUCUCGCCAAUAUCGCUGCAGGAAACAGCAGCCAGCUUGAACUAUUGCAAAAUCAUAGAAUUUUUAAGCGAGCUAUAAAAGGUCUAGCUCAUAAUUCUCCGAAAUCUCGAAAAGAAGCAAGUUUUCUAUUUUCAAACUUCUGCAAGCAAGCUAAAAAUUUCAAUAAAUUAGAGCUUGUAGAGUUAAAUAUUUUUUCAUCACUAUCUCAGGCAUUAGACUUUAAUGAUCCUGAUAUCACAAAGAAAUAAAUGACGACGUUAACGAAAAUAGGAGUCCGAGGUUCACCUCCUGAUUGAGUAGGUGAGCCGAUGCGAUGGGUGGGGAAAGUGUUCUUAGUGAGCUCAGUAAAUCACGACAAUGAGAAGCUGCGAAGCAGGGUGUGUUUUUUACCUUGAAGAUUUUCUGUUCCUGUAGAUAGACAGAUUUUUCCGACCACAUGACCUUUCCUUAUUGAGAUUUAUUGGGGCACCCUCAAGAUAGUGGCUCUAUCCUAUGGAGCUAAUCCCUAUAAUAAGAAGGGACUUCCAUUUCUUCGGGGCAUAUUAAGCUGAUUUUUUGAAGCUGAGACAAAGCAAUCACUAGAUAACUCCUCUUAUGGCCGCAGCAUUACUUAACUUAGUUAGCAUCACAAAUAACUGUUUAGACAUAAUCUAUCGCAUCUUUACAGCAUGAAAUGCUGAAAAAUACUACAUAAACUAUGAUAUCAAAGAUUUAUUUAUUAGUGCAGGAUGCUUAGCUAAGCUUGAAGCUUUAACAAACCAUAUGAAUGAAAAUAUUUCUGCAAUGUCUUUACACAUCAUCAAGGAGAUCUUUGAAAAUAAUGAGCCUGAAAUAGUAUUUGAAGGCGAUUCAGUGUUUGACGAUGUCAUUAAUUAA